AGUCUCUUCUGCUUUUCUCUCACGGCCUGAAUUUUGUUCUUCUUCCUCACUGGCUCACGGUCUCCCCUACUUCUCCCUCAUGCCUUGAAAAUAGAAGCUCAGAGAGAAGCGAAAAAAAGGAGGCAGUAUGUACAAAACGAGGCUGCAAGAGAUUUGUCAACGGAAGCGAUGGAGUUUGCCAAAGUACUCUGUCGAAAAGACAGGCCUCGAUCACAUUCCUCACUUUCAGGCCACAGUCACUGUCAAUGGCCUCACCUUCACCUCCGAUGACAAGUGCAACUCCUCCAAGGACGCUCAAAACGAAGCCGCAAUGCGUGCUUUCAAUCACUUAUCUGUCCCUGAAUUUAACCCCUCGAAAGCCCCAAUUCCCUUCGAGCCGUCUUCUCUUCCAGGUACUUCAAGUAUAACAAAUGAUUUGAAUAAGGAAUUUCCUACCCGUGGGGCAUCCCAACAGAAGUCACAAGAGAUGAAUCAAAUUCCUCGUGGAAUUGCAACUGCCAGAUUGGUCAUUGAUAAUGACAGAUGCAAAGACACAGACCGAGAAGCAGAAGCCAAUAUAUACAAGUCAAAGUUAAAUGAGUUUUGCCAGCGGAACCGAUGGAGACCGCCUGAUUACAUGGUAAAAAAGAAGGGCCCUGAUCACUUUCCUCAAUUUCAAGCUACUGUCACAGUCAAUGGCGUCUCCUUCACCACUCAUGACCAAUGCAAGUCUUCUAAGGAUGCCCAAAACAAUGCUGCCAGGAUCGCUUUUGAUCACUUCUGCACUCCCAACAUUCCUUCAUCUCUUUCCCCAAUUCCAUCUAAUUCUUCUCUUCGUGGUAACGACUUCACCAAUACAGCCAAAAUGAAAAUAACUGAAGCUUCUUUGAGUGCAAUUGCUGAUUUGAAGGACAUGCCUCUCACUGAGACAUCACAACUUAAACCACAAAAGACAAAUCAAGUUCCUCAGCUGAAUGGAAAUGCCAUACAUGUCAAACAUAAUGACAGAUUCAUAGGUGAUAUGCAGCAUUCAUACAAAAACCAACUGCAAAACUAUACUCAAAAGAGCAAUGUUAACCUUCCUGCUUAUUAUCAUGAGGGUCCUCCUCAUACUAGCCAUUUCAAAGGUGUGGUCGGAUUUGGUGAAAAAACUUAUGAGAGUCACGAACUUUUCCCCACGAUGAAGGAAGCAGAGCAUGUGGCUGCAAAAGUUGCAUUGAUGCCAUUAUCAAAAAACGAGGUUCAAGAGGCUAGUAUUCCUGUCACUCCUACUUAUUAUUGUGAUCAGGAGGGUCCUCCUCAUACUAGCCAUUUCAAAGGUGUGGUUGGAGUUGGUGAAAAAACUUAUGAGAGUAACGAACUUUUCCCCACGAUGAAGGAAGCAGAGCAUGUGACUGCAAAAGUUGCAUUGAUGCCAUUAUCAAAAAACGAGAUUCAAGAGGAUGAAUCUCGUUACAAGAACCUGUUACAAGAAUUGGCUCAAAAAGAAUGUUAUGGUCUACCAUCUUAUAAUACAUUGAAAUCUGGUGAACCCCAUGUACCAAUUUUUGUUUCAACUGUCGAAGUUGAAGGAGAGCUUUUUACAGGGCGGGAAGCAAAAACUAAGAAGCAAGCUGAGAUGAGUGCAGCAAGGAUCGCUUACAAGGCUAUCAAGGAUCGGAUGGCAAGUCAGAGCCCUAAUGCCCACCAAGGAAAAGGAAACCCUGAGUUCUUGUCUUCUGGUUCGCACUAUGAGAAAACUACUGACCGGCAACAAAAUUUUGAGGCAGAACUUCCCCCGAUUCCCCAAGAAGAGCAUGAAGAAGAAAUUGAAUUGUUCAUUGGCGUUGAUCCUUCCUCCAUUCAAUCGCCAGUAAGUGGGGGCAAUUCAGCUGUCAACGACGAAUUAUCCUCAACUUCUUCCUGUUUCUAUGAUUCAGAUGCGGACUCAGAACCCCGGGCUGGAAGUACAAUCUCAUCUUACACGGAUACCUCAUCUCGCCCCGACACAGAACCCCCAGCUGGAAGUACAUUCUCAUCUUACACGGAUACCUCAUCUAGCCCCAGGGUCAUCGUCUUCCCCCGUAGUCACCCUAGGUCAGUUCCUCCUGGCGGUGCUAUGAAGAUUUUGAAUGAUGAAUUUGUUUCAUACAAGUACAAAUCUGAACCAUAUAUGUCGUCUAGUCCUCGACGAAGCGGAAACAUCGCUCAUCUCCACGAGUACUGAAUCAGUAGUUAUUCAUAAGUAACUUUCCAUGCUUGUAUAUAUGGAGAACAACGUUUUUAGAUAGUAUUGAGAUUAGUGUCAUCAGUAACUGAAUUAGCAUGUUGAGCAGGUUAUGGUAGCUGUCUGUAUGUAUGUCUAAUGUUCUCUUGUUGUAAUACAGCUUCUGUAAUAGAGAAUCCUUUAUGUCCAGUUAUCAAAAGGAUAUAUAAAAAUAAUGAUAAUUAAUAAU